ACAAGAACUUGGCUUUUCUGGUGUCCUUUUAAAACUUGUCAGUGGAUAGUUGGGUAGAGCUCAUAGUAGAUGCAUUUUGUAAAAGUCUGCUGAAUUUUAGCUGCAGUGAUUAAUUGAAUUAGAUGGGUUGCUUGCUGUAAAUCUGCGCUUCAUGAGAUUUCUUUUGGUUCUGAAAAUUGUUCGGUGUAGUCUUUGAAUUGACUUAUUAAUGCAAUUAGGCCUUUGGGCACUGGGAUUGAUUGUCGAUUAGUUAGAGCUUAUGUUUUGCCACUGUCAAUGAAGAAAAGCAAAAGAUUUUUCACGUUUUGGCUCAUGGUUUAGAGGAGGGUUUAGAAGUGUUUCAGGUUGCUUUUGCUGAGCGGAAAAAGGGCCCCAGAGAAGGGUUUUGUAGUUUCUGAGGCUAGGGUUUAUUGUGUUAUAGUAGAGGAAAGGGACAAGCAAUCAUGUUGGGUAAGCGGCCUCGUGUUCCUUCAAUGAGGCGAACCACCAGUAUGUCUCAAAUGGGUUCUGGUUCGUGCAGCCCUGCGAGUGAGCUUGUCCCCAAGGAAAAACAGAGGGCGACCUUCCCAGCUGGUUCGCAAUUGAGGGCACCUGGAUCGGGUCAGACAAGUGUGCCCUCUUGGAAACUCAAUCCUAGUGAUUCUGUGCAGAAGUGCAGCAAUGGGGCGGUUUUGAGUAAUCAACACCAGAUCUCUGCUUUGGGCGCCCUCCCAGAGGACAUGGGGAUGUCUGAAUCGCUACACUCAGCUAAACCACUAUUCAUGGGGUCACAGGGGCAGGCUCAAUUUCACUUCCAAUCAGGCAAUUCAGAUUUUCAUAGCCAGAAACCAAUUAUGAGUUCUAUUGGGGCUGCCAGCGAAGUUAGUGGAGAUCAUGUAUUGUCUAUAAUAGAGGCCGCCCAUUCUGGAGGAGGAUCUUCUGGUUCUGUCUAUGGCGUAAGGGUGGUUGAACCUGCUCAUUUUCUCCAGGCGUGCUUUUUAUGUACACGCCGCCUUGGGCACGGUCAGGAUAUCUACAUGUAUAGGGAUGACAGAGCAUUUUGUAGUGCUGAAUGCCGUUAUCAACAGAUUGUUAUAGACGAGCAUAAUGAGAAACGCUCAGUUAAAGUCAUAACAACGGGUGCUGUUCCUUCAGUUCGCCAACACAACAAUGGCAAGAAUGCCCAAUCCAGGAAAGUUAAGAAUAUCCAAUCUGCAAGACGUGCAGCAGCUUGAAGCACCUUGUCCAGAAUUAUGUCCUAUUAUUAAUUUUCAUUUAUAUAGAACUAAUAGUUGAAUUUUUAGUAGAGUUUGCACUUGAGCAUUCUUGGCUCUAUGCCAAAACAUGACAUGCUAUAAUUUUUCUUAGCAUGUCUGAAGCCUGUGUGAUUAUUUUGUUUUUAUAUAGAUUUCAGAGCAAAAUAGCAGAUUGUCCAUGUGACCAUCCUUGGGGAAGUGUUGUGGAGACGUUUUGCCUCUUCAUGUAUAACUACACGCACAAUUUCGGUAUUCCUGUGAUCUGCUUAAACACUGCAGAGAGGAUUCCAGAAAAUCUCCAUGUAGCCCUGAUCUGUCAUGUCUACAGUGUUAGUUUUUGAGAUAAUGAACUGGAGAUGGUUGAGCACUUAGAGGAAUUAUCACGCAAUUUAUCGGGCGAUGAAUUUCAUUGUGAAUCUGGAUGACUGGUAAGGAAGCCUUCAUCUACAGAUACGAUAUUGAGAAUAAAAUAAAAUCUAUAAUAUUGAAAUUUGCUAUGAUCA